CGUGUUACAAGAUCUUCUUUGUUUAUUAAAGUUCCAGAUUCUACGUUAGGUAACACACAUAAUAAGACAAUGAAAAAUAUAUAUAACGGAACACUUAGCGGACUUCAAAAGUUGAUUUUAGAUUAUCAUUCUUCUCUUCAAAAGGUUAAUUCUACCAUCGUACCAGGCCUUAGUUUUAUUAUGAGCACUGAACCUUCCCAAGAUAACCGUAAGAUUGUACCCAUAGAAACAGAAGAUAUGUCUAUAUCAACCGACAAAAGUAUAUUUGAUGGUUUCUCAGAAACCAUAGAAACACCUGCCGAUAUUAAUGUAACUACAACAACUGAAGCAUAUUCUGCUACUGAGCUUACACCUGUAACUUUAACUACUCCAAUUCAUACAUUGAAUGGAUACAUUUAUUCGAAGCAGUUACAAAUAAAACCUUCUGAUUCACUGCCCGUCGCGUUAUUAGAAUUAUUCACCAAAACCCCAGAAAACAAGACAGACUUUAUGAUAUCCUCUAGUUAUGUUGGCACAAGUGCGUGGAAUCGUUUGUUGACGUAUCCUGUUAAUUCUGAAGUGAGCAUGGACCGAGAAUCUCGUGUGUCACAACAAGAAUUCGUCACGGCACCUACUAUAGCGGUCAGCGCUGACCAAGGACUUCAUCCAGCAACUGGUAAUUGGAAUCUUGGACAGUCGAGAACUUUCCAAAGAAAGGAUAUGGAGGUACCACGCAAUCAAGAGUCAUUGCACAUCGGAGAAAUACCAUCAUUGUUUAUUAAAAACCAAUCUGUUACAAAAACCCCAUUGACACCUAUGCUUUUCUUAGAUCCAAAACGUUGGCACAAACCUAAUUCUUCGACCUCUUUUGUUUCAAAACACCACGAGACACGUGGGUUGUCGGGUGUCUUAAACCAAAUGAUUCUAAAUAACCCACGAUUUUUAGGAACCUCAACUCGUCACGAAACUCGGUAUAGUCAAGUUUUUCCUGAAGAUGAACAUCAAAAUGAACCAACACAACAAGAAACUUACCGUCUUAGCCAAUAUUCUCUAGGCUUGAAAGAUGAGCCACUACAACAACCUUCUUUCUUUUUCAGGCAAUAUUUCCCUUUGUUAAACGGACCACAGCAGAAUCCAAUCUUUUUCAGACAAGCACAUCCUCUAGACGUUCAUUCACUACAAGAACAUCCUAUAUUCAUCAGACAGAACCACCGUCUAAAAGGUAAUUCGCCACAACAAAGCUCAGACUUCAAACGCGACCGUCCAUUAUUGAGUUUAGACAGUCAAUUUUCCUUCAGCACUAUUGCACCUACAUUAGGGCAUUCAGAAACUUACACUUACAGAAACGAUAACUUGUUUUUAGUACCAGGAUACAUCACCUCUAAUGAGAGGAAAUCUCUAAGAAAGGAUCAUAAUGUUAAAAAUACACAUACAAGUAGUGGCGUUACAUUAGAAAACAAGUCGUUUUUAAGUUCUAGUGGUAACUUGUCGAAUAGUGGGUUACCUGAUCCUCAGACUGAUGUUUUAGACAACCAUGGACAUUAUGUUAAAAUUCCGAACAGCAGUGUUUCUGUCGACCUAGAGGGCGCGUCUGUUUUCGCUAGUACUUUUUUUCCUCAUCUGAAUAAAAAUAAUGUCGGCACUAUAAAUCCACAGACGAACCCAAAAUACGAAGGAAAAGACGAAUAUGUUACUAAAUUAGAUACGGAACUUAGCAACAGUCGGUCUGAUCAAGAGAUUAAUUAUGGUAGUUUUAAACUAACCACUGAACACUUAGCUUAUACACUAAUUGGCUCAUGCUGUGGAUUAAGCGUAGUUUGUCUUAUUGUAAUAGCUGUAACUCUUAAAUGUCGAAAAUUGUAUGUCCGGCGGAAGUUACGACAUGUAAAGGAGGGAGACUUGGUUGCUACCGAAAUCGCUAGAUUUCAUAAUCAGUCUUAUUGUAUGCAGGAUCGAGGGGACUACAUGACACAGUUAAAUUUACCUACCAGUAGUUCUUCUAAAAGUUGUGAAUCGUGCAUAUGUAACUGUAGAAGUGAUCCUUUUACAGUUGGUGCUCGAAAUUCCGACCCCUUAUCAUUUCACUACCAACGCUACUCUAGGCCUCGAAAACUACCGUUUGGAGCGGCAUCUGCUUUACACUUCGAAACGUUGGGUAUUAAUAGUCGAGUGAAGAUUAAACGAACACCAUUUUUGCCUCAUUGCGAACAAAACAGAAACAGAUCCGGGCAUCAGAGUUGUGAAACUGUAUCUACAGACAGUCACUGUAAUUAUUCAGAUUGUUCCAGCAUUUCUGGUUCUCAGGAGUGUCCGUGUAUUAACUCAAGCGAUUUGGGUUUGCAAGAGAACAAGCGUAAUACAUCUAAUAGGAAUUCAUGGAUUCAAUGUGCGUGCAUGUUAGAUGAGAUUAAUCAGCGUCGCACAAAAACCCCUAAAGUGCCACAGCCCUCGAGAUCAAAAGAGCGUUACGAAGGUAGUCUAGCAUUUGAUAAUAAUUGUAGAACCCGGAUGUCAGUCUCCUCGUCUCACUUAUAUCGCACACCUGCUCCGUUAAGGGAAGCGCUCACUAGAUUUACUUCCCAUUGCUCUCCACUAGAAAGUUCUCAUGAAUUAAGCCAAAUAGAAACAGCAUUGUAUCCGCCUGUGUCAGGUUCAAAUUACCUGAGUAAUUCAGAUGGAGUGAUCUUCUGGUCAUCAAACGAUGAAAGAUUAAUCUGAAUAACAAAAUAGAAGUAUGUGUAAUAAUAAUUCACGAACAAUGUGUAUUUAUUCGCUGAUAGUAUGCAUUUGCAGUGUAUCUUAAGCCACACAUAUAAAAUGUCAUUGU